AUGACGUCUUCUUGGCUGGGCGCAAUAUUCCCACCGACAGAGCUGGAGAAGUGCGCUCUUCGCAAGGCAAUGAGGAUGAUCUCAGCCGCCGGGUCGCACACCGCCGCGCUGUCGAAGGAUUCAACGACGCAGAUGUCAUGGUGUCGAAGCGGGGUGUCUGUCGUGAGUUCGAAUGCUCGUGAGCAGGUUGCGUUUGCAAACGUGAAUUUGGACAAGAAGGACGAAGAGAAGGAUGAUGGGAACCCUGCGCCACGCCGCCGCCGGGGCAAGGACAGAGAGACGGUCAGCAAGACCGCCUCGUGUAACUACGAGAGCCUUCUCAAGCGAAUUCUCAGGCGCGCUACGAAAGAGAAGGUCGGAUCUUUUCUUGCCGCCAACCCAUUCCGUUCAAGCUUGCGACGAAGAAAACCAGCUUUGAGGCCCUGCGACUAA